AUGGGCUUCUCCGGUCUGUCUGCCGGCCUGCUCGCGACUCGAUCAGAUCGGACGGCGCGCCGCUCUUUCGGUCGAACAACAUCGCAGCGACGAUUUGCUGCCUCCCCUGACGGUUCGCCGACCCGUAAACUCGCCAAAAGGACACGACUUGUCCACCUCUCGACGCCACGAAUGGCGGCUCUCAUCGACCAUGCCGACCACGGCAGCCGAGGUCUUCCCGAAUCAGAGUUGAAAUCGCACAACUUGACAAAAGGCUGUCAUUGCAUCUCGCCACGACGACACGAGUUGACCUCAGAAUGCCGAUCAACUUCUCACAGAUCCUUCUGCGCCUCGGCCUCCUCCAGAGACAAGGCACAAUGA